ACAUUUCGGUGCUAUGGAGACGGGCGUUACAAAUAGGGGGACGCACUGAUCUCAUUCGCAGAGUAUCUCCGUCCAGACGCAGAAACGGUUCUCAGGCAAACAUCACCAGUCAUGUUUAAAUUUGGCGUGAUAGUUCUUCUUCUAGUUUGCCUCCCCGAAACUGUGGCGGAAACAUGUACUGCGUGUAAAGCUGCGUACGGCUCAGCCAAGACUACUGCUGCCUCAGACAAUGCAGCUCUAUGCGCAGCGAUAGUGACAUAUUUGCACUGUCUGGAGGGGUCUGGGAAAGAUGAUGACGGUUGUCCUCUACCAAAAGCUGAUUCCGAUGCGAUAGAGGCUGAUUAUACCGCAGCAUCUUGUAGUGGGGUUGCAGCAUUCACUGCUACCUGCAUAUGUCAGAAAAACUUCUGGGCGACCGACGUAGAAACGGGCGGUGCUUCAGCUGUUUGCAGCGCCACCACGGCUUACAUCGCGUGCUUGAAGGGAAAGACAGCAUUGGCCUGUGAUGCUUCCACCACUGUAGUAGCUCUGGCUACUGGCGUAGAGACCAGGAUAACAGCUCUGGGAAGCUCCUGUACUGUCACCAGCGCCUGCCUGUGUGAAAUUACUGCCGCUAAAGCAGACAUCUCUGAUGAUACCAAGAAGUGCACCGCUUAUAAAGCUGAGUUGAGCUGCCUGAGAACUGCUCAAUCAACCGGCUGUGACGGCACUACGACCAAGAGCGCCAUUGCAACGGCUUCUGAAGAAGCAAGAGCAGCACUGUCAAUCGGCGAUUGUCCAGCCCUAACUUCCACGUGCCAGUGUGAGGUCAACGCUUCAAAGGGAGACGCUUCCACUAGCGCGACAUAUUGCACUGUCCUGACUACACUGAAAACCUGCCUCUCUGCUAUCACCAUCACUACCGAGGCAGGGUGUACUUCCACAACCCAGGCAGCUCUUCUGACUGACACCAACACCAAGAUAACCGCAGCCACGUGUGGGAGUGCUGCGGAUCAUGUGACCUUUGCGACGACGUCACUGAUCGUUUCAGUUCUUGUAAACAUGUUCCUGUAACCUCCCGCAAUGCUGGCACUUUGAAACUCCUGUUUGUUCUGAGCUUUUCUGUAUAUAGAUGUGACAUUGUGGAAUGACGGCAAUGUGUGUCUUAUUAGAAUUUUCUAUUUGUCGUCACCAACUUUUGAUUUUUAUUACCAACAUUAGUUUUCCUAUAUUCGGGUGAAAUUGUCAAUGAAAACGGGUUGACUUAUUUGAUUAUCGACAUGAAGCUAUUUUCAAUGAGGCUUUCCGAAAAAAUACGAAAUGCUUGUAUGACCGCAAUGUAUGACGUGGGCCAUACAUAAUUCAUGUAACCGCUGACGAACACUAUGUGGUCAUACGAAUCCUCUGAUAUGUCCGAAAGGGCAUCUUUGGUUCCGGUUUUGAUAACUCUACGGCUUAUAUGCUGUUGUUCCGAACGUAAAAAUAUGUGGGAUACUCACAUGACUUAACCCACGUGUUCCGUACCCUAAUGACGUGUUGAGUUAAUCCUUGUUGAUUGUUCCGCUGAAAUAAACGGUACUGUUCACGAAA